UGUUCUCAUUUUGCCAUUGCUGUUUUGCAGGUUAACCACAUGGUGUUGUGUCGACUUGUGCAGACUUGUCUUGCUUCUGUCCGUCGCUGAAUGCCGGUUUGAAGAAAAUGGGUUUAACCACGCCUCAGGUACGGCACAGACCAAGUGCUCUCAAACAACAAAACAAAGCUCAUAAACACGGCCGACAUAAAAGCAAAGGAGCUCUGGCCAAUGAAAGAAAAGGAAAGGUAUCUGUAAAAAGUCUCACAUCGCGGAACAAGAAAGAUCUCGGUAAAGAAGGAAGACGUCAUCAAGCAGGGCAAAUUCGCAAGAGGAAGAGGGAUGAAGUUUUGCUUAAGAAACGAGCUCUUGGCGGAUCAAAGACUGCACCCUUUUUGGUUGCUGUCGUGCCUCUUUCUCCUGAGGUUUCAUGUGCGGAGGCGAUGGAAAUGCUUCAAAGAGCAGAUCCAGAGGCCAUUGUCACAAACAGCCCGUCUAAGGUCGUUCACAUCAGUGUUCCUAGAUUCAAGCAGAGAUUUUCAUUUCUGGAAGUGACACCAGGUGAUCUGUAUGCUACAUUGGAUGCCCUUAAAGUGGCUGACACUGUGCUUUUUCUAGAGACCGCCCGUCAUUGGGAAGAGGGUCUAUAUCCUGAAGCUGAGUUAUUGCUCACUGUGUCUAUGACACAAGGGUUACCGUCUACUGUUGUGGCUGUUAUGGACCUUGAAACAGUUUCGAAAAAGAAACAACAAGAAGCUAAAAUGUCAAUUCAAAAAGAAAUUGGCCAGUAUUUGCCUGAUGAAAAGGUUUCCGCACUUACCACAGAUAGUGAUUCUCUGGUUGUUUUGAGGCGUAUUGGUGGUCAGAAACAGAAAUCCAUCACUCAGAGAGAUCGUAGAGCUCAUAUGAUGGCUGAAGAUAUCCAACCUGUGUCAGAUACUGAGAGGGAUGAUCAAGUCACUUUGCGCUUAACUGGCUAUUUGAGGGGCCAGACGUUGUCGGCUAAUCAAUUAGUUCAUAUACCCGGUUGGGGUAACUUCCAGUUGAAAUGCAUAGAAAUGCCAGCCCAAGACCCUCAUCCAUUAGAAAUUGGCAAAAGGUCAGAUGAUGACAUGGAACAAGAAUCUAAAGUUUUAGAUAUUGCUGAUCCUCAAAAACAGGAGAGCCUUGAGAGUGAAAAUGUUCCGGAUCCUAUGGAUGCAGAACAAACUUGGCCAACUGAAGAAGAAAUAGCUGAAGCAGAAGCAGAACGUAAAGCUAAGAGAAAAGUAAAGAGGGUUCCUAAAGGAUUUUCUGACUAUCAGGCGGCUUGGAUUCCAGACUGUGAUGCAGAGAAUGCAUCCGAAGAUGAUGAGUCUGACUCAGCUGAUGAUAUGGAAGACCCUGAUCUGGAUGCUAUGUCUGUUGAAGAGAGUGAUCAGUCUAAUGAUGAAGAAGAAAAUGAAGAUGAUUUUGACACUGUGACAGAGGGAGCACCUGAUGCAGACAGAUAUGAUGCUGAAAUGGAUAUGCACGAAGAACUUGAAGCACUUAACAAACUGAAAGAUGCCAAAACUCACGCUGAGUUCCCUGAUGAAAUUGAUACACCCCAUGACAUGCCAGCCCGGCUCAGGUUUCAAAAAUACCGUGGAUUGCAGUCCUUUCGCACUUCUCCAUGGGAUUGCAAAGAAAAUUUGCCUAGUGAUUACGCAAGAAUAUUUCAAUUUGAAAAUUUUGAUCGGACCCGUAAACGAGUAAUGGACAACUUGAGUGAGAACACUGGAGCUAUGCCUGGAUGGUAUGUCACUCUAGUGAUUGCUAAUGUCCCAAAAGAAGUUGUAGCAGCCCACAAGCCAGGGUAUCCCUUGGUUGUCUAUGGCCUGUUACCUCAUGAACAAAAAAUGUCAGUUCUUAACAUGGUUCUUAAACGCCCUGCACAAAUGACAUUUGGUCUUCAAGGGCCGAUCAAAUCAAAGGAGCAGUUAGUUUUCCAAGUUGGAUUCAGGCGGUUCAAAGCCUGUCCCAUAUUCAGCCAGCAUACUAAUGGAACCAAACACAAGUUUGAGAGAUAUUUUCAACCUGAAACAGUUGUUGCUGCAACUGUGUUUGCACCCAUUACAUUUCCCCCUUGUUCAGUUCUGGCCUUUAUUGAAAGGAAGGAUGGAACUCAGCAAUUGGUUGCUACAGGAAGUUUGUUAUCUGUGAACCCUGACCGCAUCAUUGCAAAACGUGUUGUCCUGAGUGGACAUCCAUUCAAAGUACAUAAACGCUCAGCUGUGAUCCGCUUUAUGUUCUUCAACCGAGAGGACAUUAAUUGGUUCAAACCUGUAGAGCUUAGAACUAAGUAUGGCAGGCGAGGGCAUAUCAGAGAACCUUUAGGUACUCAUGGCCACAUGAAGUGUGUAUUUGAUGGACAACUGAAGUCUCAAGACUGUGUCUUCCUCAAUUUAUACAAACGAGUUUUCCCCAAGUGGACCUAUGACCCAUGUGUUGCUGCACCUGACCCCUUAUUCAAAGCUUCUCUUCGUCCUAUCACAGAAGAGGAUGAAGAAAUGAGUUAAUUUAACUAAAUAUAUCUCUUAAAAUAUAUUUGUAUAUAUUGUUUACCAUAUA